ACAGACGUGAAGAACUAGUAUACAGAAGCCUGUGAAGACAAUUUGGUCAUACCAAAAAAAAGGAAUGAAGUUCGGUUACAAAGCAGAUUGAGGAAGCAGUGCUUGAUUGGAAUUAAAGAACUGCUCAAAAAGAGAAACGCUUAAAUAACAGGAGGCAUAAUACGAAAGCAACCCUGAAACUAACGCAAUAGCGUUUUUCUGAAUAUAAUUCACCGAUUUCAGAGUCUGGUGAUACUGUUUACAUCCACCUAAGACGCCUCCCGAAAUAUUUAAUAGGGCACGACCUCUUUCUUAAAGCGAAAGAACCAUAUCGCCUGCGGUAGAGGGCGCUGUGGUUUUAGGCAUCCCCAGUCGGCCUCAAGUUGGCUCUUCCUCUCGAUCACCAACAACCUUUCCUCCGGAGCUACUGGCGAGGUGAGGCUUCCGCCCGGUCUGACCACAUGCUGUUUGGAAGAAGGCGCCGAGCACGAAUUCCAGGGGCGACUUCUUGCUGCUGUUCUGCCCAAAUGUCUUUGCCGAGCUCGGCAGUGAAGUUUCGCAGGAUCUUGGCUCACUUCCCUCAAGAGCUCAGCUUAGCCUUCGCUUAUGGCUCCGGGGUCUUCCAACAAGCGGGAUCUUCUGCCGCCCCAACGGAGCACAAUAUGCUGGAUUUUGUAUUUGCAGUUGAUGAUUCUACAACAUGGCAUGCAAUGAACCUGUCAAAAAAUCGGAGUCAUUAUUCCUUCCUAAAAUAUUUGGGAACCAAGUCAAUAUGCAACAUCCAAAGCUAUGGAGCAGGGAUUUACUACAAUACACUGGUGCCUUGUAAUGGUAGGGUUAUAAAAUAUGGUGUCAUAAGUACUGAUGCUUUAAUUGAAGAUUUGUUGUGCUGGAAGACACUCUAUGUAGCUGGACGUCUGCAAAAGCCGGUGAAAAUUCUGGCUCAGAAUGAGAAUGUUAAGUUGCAAGAGGCCCUGUCCAGUAAUUUGAAGAGUGCUGUCAUGGCAGCCUUUCUCAUGUUGCCGGAAAGUUUCUCUGAAGAAGAUCUUUAUAUGAAGAUUGCUGGAUUGUCGUACUGUGGUGAUUUCAGAAUGCUCAUUGGAGAAGAUAAAUCAAAGGUUAUGAACAUAGUGAAACCGAACAUGAUACAUUUUCAGAAGCUCUAUAGGCACAUUUUGCAAGAUAGCCCUCAAGUGAUAUAUAAGCAUCAGCUGGGCGAAUUAGAGAUAGAUAAAAGUCCAGAAGGUCAGUUUGCACAACUUAUGGCUUUACCAAGCACCCUGCAGCAAAAAAUAACUUCUAUCAAGGAUCCUCCAGGGAAGAACAGAGAUGUGGAAGAAAUUUUAUUACAAAUCGCCCAUGACCCUGACUGUAGAUUUGUGGUACACCAAGGUAUUUCAAGAAUUGUGGGAUUGUCCAGCCUAAUUCAGAGUGCUAAAACCACCCUAACAGCUGGAAUGAAAAAAUCAUUGAUCUACAGUAUGAAGAAGAUGUACAAAAUGUCAAAGGGAUGGUUCAGAAAAUCAUGACAUCUGUGAAGUUAAAGCUUUGAAAAACCUGAUCUUGUGACUAAAGGAUAUUCUAAUUCUGUUUUUUACAUCACUUUGGAAGACAAAGCAUCUUCUUCAGUUUGGAGAAACUUUGUUGUAUUAUUUAUUUUCAGACAAUUUUUCAGGGAAGAUAACAGAUUAAGAUUAAAUCUUUUUUUUCUGCUUCUUUGAAGAUUAUCUGGAAUGAUUUUCUCCUAUACUUGUUAACAUUUUUCUAACUUUUUCACAGACAGCUUGUUUUAUAUGUGUUGUGCCUGUAACAUCUUCAAAAUGUCCCUGUUUCCAAGGCCUUAUUUUUUUUUUUAAUCACAUUUGGUUUGAGAGUUUUGUCAUCCUUCUGUUUUUGCAUUAUUCACUUUACCGAGAACUUGCAAUGGUCUUGUCGUAUAGCUUAAGAAACACUGAAUAGCAAUGUGCUGAAUUCUUUUGCUUCUGGCACUUCUGCUGUGUAGACACACAUAUCAAGUAACUUUGAGAAAGGUCAAAGUUUGAUAUGUGCUUUCCAGGCACGGUUGACAUCAAUAUAAUUCACAGCAAAAUAUUGGUGAGUAGGUCAUAUUUCAAAACAAGGUCUGGUUAUUGUUGAGUUCCUGGGAUUAAUAAUAAGUUGAUAUAUAUAUAAUGAAAGAGUUCUGUUACACUACCAAUUCACAAAAUGCUUUUAACGUCAGACUGUACAAUCUCCAGGUAGCCCGACCAGGCUCAAUAAUACCUAACAGAUAAAAUCAAAGAAUAUCAUUUUCCAUCAACAUUUUAGGUUGCUUUUCUUCCUCAAUACCCAACGCAAUGAACUUUGACUACUGGAUCAUAAAGGAAAGCUGCCGGAUUGGUUUUCUAAAAUAUAAGGCAUUGGACUAGGAGCGAAGAAAACUUAAGUUUUCAUCCUGCCUUAGGCAUCAAGGCCAACUUUGGGUCACACUUUCUCUCUUAACUCGAGAAAGAAGGCAAGAGCAAACAUUUCCAAAACACGUUAGGAAAAUUGCAGAAAUUAAUGUAUGUUCUUAUUAGAAGUCAAGACUAACUCAAUGGUACAAGAGGGGAGAAAAAAGGAAAGACAUAUAACUAUCAUUUUAUUAAAAGAUUUGAUUUAUGAAAUUGAUCCUAAAUACCUCUUCUUCUGAAGUGAGUAUAUUGUAGUGAUUUGGGGUGAAGGAUGUGUGUGUGUGUGUAUUUAUUAUCUUCCUGCUCCGUUCUCUCCUUGCUUGUGAAAGCUCUUUACAUACUAUUUUAUAUAUACACUGACAAGAGUGAGGGAGGUACAUAGUUUCUAAAUGUGAUAAAUAAAUCAAUUAGUUAAAUCACAGAAUGUGAUUAGCUAUGGAAGUUGACUCAAAAAGGGAAAUAUUAUAAUUAUAUGGAUGAUAAACGUUAUUUCCAGUAGUGGAGACAUUUUUGGGAAUACAAGGAAAAAAAUUAUAGAAACAGUGAAAUGGAGCUACAGAAAUAAAAAAAGGUUUUGUUUUUUUUUAAGAAUUGCAGUUUUCUGUUUCAGGUAUUGGUUUCAGCCAGUGUAGAUGGUAAUCAGAAAUGUUGAGAACUGACUUAGAAAAUGUCUGGAAGGACCAAGAUGUAAUUCUUAAGGCCAUCCAGAGGUGCUUUACUUACGAGAGGGGCGACAUAUAUAUUAAUAUAAAUAAAUAAAUCCCCCAACCAUUCUCUAGGGCAACUCAAUUUUAAGUUGAUGUAAUAAGAGAAUUAAUAAGCCACAAUUGCAGAAAUGAGUGUUUUAGAAAUAUUUGACUGAAAAUAGGCAUAUCUGUGUGUAUGUAUAAUACUUGUCACAGAUACAGAGAUUCAAAACAUUUUAAUAUGCUUUCAUAAGUUACAAAAACUAAUUCCUGAUUAGUUUGGAUGGGUUCUCUUUUACUUACAUUUUUAGUAGUUGCUCAGCAGGGAGGGGUGGAAACUUCCAGACAGCUCGCCUUUGCUGCAGACAACUUGCAGCACCGUUUGCAAAAUGGGACUUUUGGCGGGCUCAGCAGG